CUGUUAGGCCUGAUGGGCCUACUUCUGAUCACACAAAACAAAAACAUAAAGUAUAGGUACCGUGUAACUUCAGACCUGUUCAUCUUUGCCGACACAGCAAACCUCUUUCUCUGCCGGUCUGCUUUUCCAAGAGUUUUGAAUACGAUGCUGUCGGAGGCUUUACCGAUCCUUGAAUCACCGCUGAAAAAGCCAAAACUUGAUACAGAUGAAAUCAGCCCAAGCUCUCCGCUCAGCGAUCUUUCGAGCGACGAAAGCGAUGGUUUGGAACACAUCGACGACAAAGACCUCAUCGAGGAAUAUCUAAAGUAUGAACGCCAGCUCGAAGAAAGCGAGUGCUUCGACAUAGAUUUUGUUCCGAGGGAGUUCCGUCGCAUAAUUGGAAGCCACGUUUUCCCCUGUGAUCUAGAUGACCCAGAAGAAAUGGAUCUUAUCAAGGGAUGUACUUAUUUUGCUAUUGCUGAAUACAAUCGUCUCAUGAAAUCCAAGUCUCAGCUUCAACUUGUGAAAAUUGAGAAGGCUAAUAUGAGUGGUCGUUAUAACUAUGCUUGUUUUAUAACUUUUGAGGCGGUGGAUACCGUUUCUAAACAGUCUGCCACCUAUCAAACUCGAAUGUUGUGUAGUCAUGACAAGGAACGCAAGCAGAUAUUUUUCAUCAGGAGGAAGGAUACAAGAAAAAGAAUUUCUUUUUCCUGUUGAUUUGGAAGACAAGGAGAUGUACGAAAGGAUCAAGAAGUGUACAGAUUAUGCUAUUUUUGAGUACAGUGAGAUGCAGGAGGGGAAACCCCAGCAGCUUCAACUUAUGAGGAUAGUGAAGGCUGUCCAGGACACAGCAGAGCACCAUACGUAUCGCUUAGCAUUUGAGGCAAUGGAUACCAUAUCACGUCAAACUAAUACUUACUUUGCUGAAGUGACAUAUACCACUCAAAUGAAUGGUUUAAUGGGGGUGCUGGACGUGUGGCCAAAGGGUCUAAAGAAUCACGAAUACGACACAUUUGUUGAAGAUGAAUGGAGUUGCUUGGAAGACGGAGUUUUGGGGCGCAUGUGAAGUGACUUUGCAUUCUGACUUUGUAGUUUGCGUAGGUAAAGAGGCGUGGUUGGGGGCUAACCUAGCCCCGCGCCCUCCCCAGAUUUUAAUUUUAAUUCAUUAUUAGGGUAAAAAAAUCGUGUAAAGAUUGUCUAAAGAAGUUCUUUGUGCCGUCCCACCCCAACAAAUUACCUUGCCUUAUGGCUUUGCCAUUGCGUACGUAAUUGUUUUAGUAAUUACAUUGUGUAAUUGCAUUUGACCUAAUAUAUAUCCUGUGUAGGGUACAACUUUGCACUCCCUAUGUCUAUUUCAUUUGACUAAAUAUUUAUUGUGUAUGGUACAACUGUGCAGUCUCAUCGUUACAUUUGACCAAAUAUUUAUCCUGUGUGGUACAAUUAUGCACACCCAUUGACUUGC